GGCGAGGCGCCUCGGCAGGGGAAGGAAGGACGACCGUAAUAACAACUGAGUAAUGGUCAUGAUCGAGCAUGGCUGUGCUGGAACUGUAUAGCGAGUUCAACCGAGUCUGGAUUCCGGACGCACGGCACGUGUGGAAAUCGGCAGAGAUCACGAGAGACUUUCGCUCCGGGGAUAAAGUUCUCCGGCUGCUCCUCGAAGAUGGCACCGAGUACUGCCACUCUGUUGACCCAGCCAGCCUACAGCUCCCUCCCCUCCGCAACCCUGACAUCUUAGUAGGGGAGAAUGACCUCACCGCCCUCAGCUAUCUCCACGAGCCUGCUGUCCUGCACAACCUCAGAGUCCGCUUUGUGGAGUCCAAAAUCAUCUAUACCUACUGUGGUAUUAUACUGGUAGCAGUAAAUCCCUACAAACAGCUGCAUAUCUACGGUGAUGCAGUCAUUCAGGCAUACUCGGGCCAGAAUAUGGGAGAUAUGGACCCUCAUAUAUUUGCGGUGGCAGAGGAGGCUUACAAGCAGAUGGCGAGAAACCACACGAACCAGUCUAUCAUUGUCAGUGGGGAAUCUGGAGCAGGGAAAACCGUGUCUGCUCGGUAUGCUAUGAGGUACUUUGCUGUAGUAAGCAAAUCUGGCAGUAAAACACGAGUUGAAGACAAAGUUCUGGCGUCUAAUCCAGUAACUGAGGCAAUAGGAAAUGCAAAGACAACCCGAAAUGACAACAGCAGUCGAUUUGGGAAAUACACCGAGAUCGGAUUUGACAGGAGGUACCGCAUCAUUGGGGCAAAUAUGAGGACAUAUCUCCUUGAAAAAUCCAGAGUGGUUUUUCAGACCGAGAAUGAGCGAAAUUACCACAUAUUCUACCAGUUGUGUAGCUGUGCAGACCUGCCGGAGUUCAAGAAGCUAAGACUGUUGAGCGCAGCUAAGUUCCAGUACACAUGCAUGGGUGGGAAGAUCAGUAUUGAAGGUGUAGAUGACAGAAAAGAUAUGGAAGAGACACAAAGGACCUUCUCGCUCUUGGGGCUGAAUGAGUUUCAGUCGGAUGUGUUCAAAGUUCUGGCAGGGAUUCUGCACUUGGGAAACAUUGAAAUUAGACACGUGGGAAGCGACAAAUCCUCAGUUUGCUCCGGUGAUCCCCACCUGUCGGCUCUGUGUGAGUUGCUGGAUGUGAGCGCUGAGGGACUGUGUCGCUGGCUGUGCAAUCGAAGGAUUGUUCUGGUUGCAGAAACUGUGGUGAAGCCUGUGCCCAGGGAGCGAGCGCUAAAUGCCAGAGAUGCCCUGGCUAAGCAAAUUUAUGCCCACCUGUUUGACUGCAUUAUCAACAAGAUAAACACGGCGCUGAAAGUCCCAGCGAACCAGCAUGCCUUUAUUGGUGUUUUGGACAUCUAUGGCUUUGAAACAUUUGACGUCAACAGCUUUGAACAGUUCUGUAUAAAUUAUGCAAAUGAAAAACUACAGCAGCAGUUUAACUUGCAUGUGUUCAAACUUGAGCAAGAGGAGUACAUGAAGGAGGACAUUCCUUGGACACUGAUAGAUUUCUAUGACAAUCAGCCUGUCAUUGACCUCAUUGAAGCUAAAAUGGGCAUCCUUGACUUGCUCGAUGAAGAAUGUUUGUUUCCUCAGGGCACAGAUCAGAACUGGCUGCAAAAGCUGUAUAACUACCUGGGCGCCAAUCCGCUGUUUGAGAAGCCCAGGCUGUCAAAUGAGGCUUUUGUGAUUCAGCACUUUGCAGACAAGGUGGAAUACCAAUGCCGAGGUUUUCUUGAGAAGAACAGAGACGCACUCUUCGAGGAACUUGUUGACGUCAUGCGAGUCAGCAAGUUCCCUCUCCUGGCUGACUUCUUCCAAGAGGAGGAGCGAAACACUGUCACCAUCAGAGGCAUCAAAGUGAGGCCUGCCAGAGCCAGCGUGAAGCCUGUCAACAAGCAGCUCAGGACCUCUGUUGGAGAUAAGUUCCGUAACUCUCUCUACCUACUGAUGGAAACGCUGAACGCCACCACCCCUCAUUAUGUGCGCUGCAUCAAGCCUAACGACGAAAAGCUCCCGUUUGAAUAUGACUGCAGGAGAGUUGUGCAGCAACUGCGGGCCUGCGGAGUCCUUGAAACUAUUCAUAUCAGUGCGCAGAGCUACCCCUCCAGGUGGACCUAUAUUGAGUUUUAUAGCCGAUACAGCAUCCUGAUGAUCCAUCAGGAGUUGGAGCUCGAGGGCAAGAAGCAGACCUGUAAGACAGUGCUGCAGAGGUUGAUUCAGGACCCUAACCAGUACAAGUUUGGUCGGACAAAGAUCUUCUUCAGAGCCGGCCAGGUAGCUUAUUUAGAGAAGCUUCGUCUUGACAAGCUCCGGGGCGCCUGCGUGACCAUCCAGAAACAUGUCCGUGGCUGGAUCCAUAGGAGGAAAUACUGCCGCAUGAGGGAGGCAGCCAUUGUCCUCCAGCAAUAUGUUCGUGGAAAGAGGCAAAUCCGUAAAAUGGUGAGUGCUACAGCACUGAAACAUGGCUGGGCAGCGCUGGUCAUACAGAGGCACUGGAGAGGAUACCGCGUGAGACAGCUCUACCGGCUGGUUCACCUGGCUACCAUCACUAUCCAGGCCUUCACGCGAGGAUGGAUUGCACGCAAAGGAUACAAAAAGAUGAUGAAAGAACACAAAGCCUUGGUCCUCCAGAAGUAUGCAAGAGCAUGGCUGGCUCGACGGCGAUUUCAGACCAUGCGUCGGCUGGUGCUUAAUGUUCAGCUGUCCUUUAGGGUACAGCGACUUAAGAAGAAGAUUGAAGAGCAGAACAAAGAGAAUCGUGGGUUGAUGGAAAGACUGACAAGUCUGGCGAGCUCCCAUUCUCAAGGCCUGGAUAAGCUUCAGUUUUUGGAGGCUCAGCUGGAGAAAUCGAACAGUGAGAAGAUGUCUUUAGAGGCUAAAGAGAAGAAAGCAAAAGAGGAUGCUAGCCUGGCAAUUGCACAGCUUCAAACAGAGAGGAAUGCACUGAUCCUGGAAAAGCAGAUCCUGGAGAAAAAGUCCGACGCCUCCAUCAAGGAGACCAAAGAUAGCUUUGAUGAAAUAAAGAAACAUCUCCAGGGGGAGAAAGAAAAGGAAGAAAGACUAAGAAAAAUUGCGGAGAAUAAUAUUGAGAUCCAGCGAGAGGACCAUGAAAAUGAAGUGGAAAUGCUGAAAGAAGAGAUAAGGAAACUGAAGGAGGAGAGGGUAUGUCUACAGCAGCAGAUGGAGGAGGGACGCAAGACCAACUCCGACCUACAGGAACAGGUGGUCCAGCUCGCCAAGCAUGUCAAGGCCAUACCUGAGCUACGCAAAGAUCUCCACAUCCUGCAGACUCAGAAAGAUAACAUGGACCGAAAGAUGAUGGAGCAGUCCGAACAAGCUCGAAGCAAAAUGAGUGAGAUUACGAGACAUCUUCUCGGAGGUGUGGUUGAAGAGGAGAUCCUUUUGGGGUUAACCCCCGACGACCCUGACAAGAUGGAUGACGCCAGAGAUCUGCUGACCGCCUUCGACGGCCUACAGAGAGCAACCAGGUUACUCGAAAACCACCAGAGGGAGCAAAAGGAGACCCAUGAGUCCAAAGUGGAGGGUCUGAAAAUGAAAAUGGAGCACCUCCAGAAUGAGAACAACCAGCUUCAAAAACUGUUCCAGGAGAAAAGUGACAUCAACGAGAGCAUCCGCCAAGAGGUGUCCCGACUCACCCGUGAGAACUCAGUUAUACCUGAGCUAAAACAGGAGGUGUCCGAAUUGCAAAGGCAUAAGCAGGAGCUGGAGGCCCACGCAGAGGAGCAGAAAAGAGAGUUAAAAGACAAAAUGGUGGAGCUCACUAACGUUCUCCAGAAGAAAGUUGAAGAGGAGAGCGCACAGCGCAGGUACUUAGAGCAGCAAGCUGAACAGCUGGAAGAGGAGAAGGAGGCCCUGCGAGUAAGAGCAGAGGAGCUGGAGGAGGAGAUAGAACAGCUGAGGAGGCGACAUUUGACAGAGAGUGAGACCAAGGCCAGGCUGACUCAGGAGACUUCCCGCUUAACUGCCGAGAAUAUGGACUUUGAGGAGCAGCUGGAUACGAAGGACCGACUGAUAAAGAAACUCCAAAGUCAGAUAAAGAGCUUCAAAAAAUCAGAGAGAGCCAUUCAAACGUCGACGCCCGCGGCUCCUAAAGAUUACCUGGGUAUGCUGGAAUACAGGCGGGAGGACGAAUCCAAGCUCGUCCAGAACAUCAUUAUGGACCUGAAGCCCAGAGGCGUGGUGGUCAACAUGAUUCCUUGUCUGCCGGCCUACAUCGUCAUCAUGUCCGUCCGCCAUGCUGAUUACCUCAACGAUGGAGCCAAGCUGAAGUCUCUCAUGAAUGCUGUCAUCAGUGCCAUUAAGAAGGUCGUCAUGGAUCACCAGAAAGACUUUGAGACGUUGUCUUUCUGGCUCUCCAACACGUACCGCUUGCUCAACUGUCUCAAGCAGUACAGCGGGGAGGAGGAGUUUAUGAAAGAAAACACACAACGCCAGAAUAAGAACUGCUUGCAGAACUUCGAUUUGUCGGAACACAGACAAAUCCUCAGUGACUUGGCCAUUCGCAUCUAUCACCACUUUAUCAGUGUCAUGGAGAAGAGCCUCAUGCCUAUGAUUGUACCUGGCAUGUUGGAACAUGAGAGUUUACAGGGGAUCUCGAGCAUGAAGCCCACCGGCUUUAGGAAGCGUACCAACAGCAUCUAUGAGGACUCCGGGGCCUACACCAUCUCCUCUAUCCUCCAGCAGCUCGGCCUCCUCCACGCCACCAUGAGCCAGCAUGGUAUGGAGCAGGGCCUCAUCAGGCAAAUUGUCAAGCAGCUGCUCUUCUUAGUGGGGGCGGUCACCAUCAACAACAUCAUGCUCCGCAAAGACAUGUGUUCCUGCAGGAAGGGCAUGCAAAUCAGGUGUAACAUCAGUUAUCUGGAGGAGUGGCUUAAGGAGAAAGGGCUUCAAAGCUCCAAUGCCAUAGAUACCCUGAAGCCCCUGUCUCAGGCGGCCUGGCUACUGCAGGUCAAUAAGUCAACCAACGAGGAUGCCAAGGAGAUAACUGAGACAUGCACCGAACUCAACCCUGUCCAGAUUGUAAAGAUUUUGAAUUCCUACACACCCAUUGAUGACUUUGAGAAAAGAGUGGCUCCAUCAUUUGUGCGCAAGGUUCAGUCAUUGCUGCAAGACCAUGAAGGCUCCACACAACUCAUGCUGGACACGCAGUAUCGGUUCCAGGUCACCUUUCCUUUCUGCCCUUCCUCACAGGCUCUGGAGCUGCUGCAGGUCCCCAGCAGCCUCCAACUGGGCUUCCUAACUAGGAUCUAACCAAGCCAGUUCAUGAGUCAUUUUCCAUCAGCAUGUGGCCCUUGAUUUCUUUCUGCACAAUUGCCAAAAAUAUUGAAUUGUGACAGAA